UCACAUUUGCUACACUGUAAGCUACAUAUUUAAAGACCUCACUCACUCUCAAAAUCGACCAACUCGCUGUCGCUCCGCCUUUAAUUCCGCCAACUCCAAGAUCAGCGCGCAUCACCAGAGAGAGAGCGAGAGAGACCUAGUGAGAGUGAGUGUGCGAUAGAGAGAGAGAGUAAACCACUGCCAAAGCCGAUUACAGUCUAUCGGGACUGCGACUCUGUGUCCACUUAAGAGGGUUCUUCCCUCUGUGAGCGUCACGCCUCUCGCUUUCUCUCGCUUUCCAUUUGUUUGAUUCUAAAAGCGAAGGAUGGAUUUAUUUGAGUGAAUGCGGGACUCGGGCAUCUUUACUAUGAGUUCCUCUGCAGAAGCGCUUCCGUCAGCGGGGCAACUUUUCUAUGCACCACGGCGCCGCUGAGCCGCCCGUCGCUCUGUGGCAAAGUUUCCACGCAAGCCCCGGGGAACAUGGGCUCGCAGUGAACGCACCGGUUGUCGCACUUUCUUUUGUCUACACAACAGUACGACAACAUGCAGAAGAGCGUCCGCUACAACGAAGGGCAUGCGCUAUUUUUGUCGGCGGUCGCGCGUAAAGAGGGGACUAAGCGCGGCUACCUGAGCAAGAAGACGGCGGAGAAUAGCCGAUGGCACGAGAAGUUCUUCGCCCUUCACCAGAAUGUACUGUUCUACUUUGAGAACGAGCAAAGCGCGCGCCCUGCUGGGAUUUACCUGUUGGAAGGAUGCACCUGCGAGCGCGCGCCGGCUCCCAAGAUGUCCACCACUGGGAAGGAGGCGCUAGAGAAGCAGCACUACUUCCUCAUCAUGUUUGGUCAUGAUGGACAGAAACCACUGGAGCUACGGACAGAGGAAGAGUGUGAGUGCGAUGAAUGGGUGGAGGCCAUCCAGCAGGCCAGUUACUCUGACAUUAUCAUCGAACGAGAGGUGCUGAUGCAGAAAUACAUCCACCUUGUACAGAUCGUGGAGACUGAGAAGGUGGCUGCCAAUCAGCUGCGCACUCAGCUAGAAGAUCAGGACACUGAAAUUGAGAGGCUUAAAGCAGAGAUUAUAGCUCUGAACAAAACUAAGGAGCGCAUGCGGCCUUACCAUGUCUUCCAUGAAAACGACGACCCGGAUAUCAAAAAGAUCAAAAAGGUUCAGAGUUUCAUGCGGGGAUGGCUCUGUCGGAGGAAGUGGAAGAUCAUUGUUCAGGACUACAUCUGCUCUCCUCACGCUGAGAGCAUGAGGAAGAGGAACCAGAUCGUCUUCAAUAUGGUGGAGGCAGAGACCGAGUACGUCCACCAGCUCUAUAUCCUGGUCAACUGUUUCCUCAGACCUUUGAGGAUGGCUGCCAGCUCCAAGAAACCCCCCAUCAGCCAUGACGACGUCAGCAGCAUCUUCCUCAACAGUGAGACCAUCAUGUUCCUUCAUGAGAUUUUUCAUCAAGGCCUGAAGGCGAGGAUAGCCAACUGGCCAACUCUGGUGCUGGCUGACCUAUUUGACAUCCUGCUGCCGAUGCUAAACAUCUACCAGGAGUUUGUGCGUAACCAUCAGUACAGCCUGCAGGUUUUGGCCAACUGUAAGCAGAACAGAGACUUUGACAAGCUUCUAAAGCAGUACGAGUCCAAUGCUGCCUGUGAGGGGAGGAUGCUCGAGACCUUUCUCACAUACCCCAUGUUCCAGAUUCCUCGUUACAUCAUCACCUUGCAUGAAUUACUGGCUCACACCCCUCACGAGCAUGUGGAGCGCAAGAGUCUUGAAUUUGCCAAGUCCAAAUUAGAGGAAUUGUCCAGAGUAAUGCACGAUGAGGUGAGCGACACAGAAAACAUUCGUAAGAACCUGGCUAUAGAACGGAUGAUAGUGGAAGGUUGUGACAUCCUGCUGGACACCAGCCAGACGUUCGUCAGACAGGGGUCUCUGAUCCAGCUGCCAUCGGUAGAGCGAGGGAAACUAAGCAAAGUCCGCCUGGGGUCCCUCUCUCUGAAGAAGGAAGGGGAAAGGCAGUGUUUUCUCUUUACCAAACACUUCCUUGUUUGCACACGCAGCUCUGGGGGAAAACUUCACCUUCUCAAGCAAGGUGGAGUUUUGUCCCUUAUUGACUGCACACUUAUUGAGGAACCAGACGCUAAUGAUGAAGAGUCAAAAGCUGGUGGUCAGGUGUUUGGUCAGCUGGACUUUAAGCUUGUCGUAGAGCCAUCAGACGCGUCUUCUUUUACUGUGGUGUUGCUGGCGCCGUCACGACAGGAGAAAGCUGCCUGGACUAGUGAUAUUAGCCAGUGCAUAGAUAAUAUUCGCUGUAAUGGCUUGAUGACCAGUGUGUUUGAGGAAAACUCAAAAGUCACAGUGCCUUAUAUGAUCAAAUCCGAUGUGCGUCUCCAUAAAGAUGAUGUUGACAUUUGCUUCAGCAAGACGCUCAACUCCUGCAAGGUCCCCCAGAUCCGUUAUGCCAGCGUGGAGCGGCUGCUGGAGAGGCUGACCGACCUUCGCUUCCUCUCCAUAGACUUCCUCAACACCUUCCUGCACACAUACAGGAUCUUCACCACAGCAACCGUGGUCAUGGACAAGCUGGCUGACAUCUACAAGAAGCCCUUCUCCUCCAUACCUAUCAGCUACAGGAUGCAGUACCACUCAUUUGACCGUCUGUCCAUCUCACCCAUUUGUUCUGACUACAGUCUGAAGAUCAAGAAGAUUGCCAUGGAUCAGUCCAAGUCUUUGGAGCUGUUUUUUGCCACCAAUCAAAAUAACAGAGGCGUGGACCACGUGAAUGACAAAUCUCCUCGUCUCUGCCGCAAGUUCUCCUCUCCACCUCCUCUGUCCAUCCCAUCCCGGACCACCUCCCCCGUCCGAACUCGAAAGCUGUCCCUCCACUCCCCUAUCACCGCCAGAGUCGGGGGCCUUGAUCUGACCAGUCCUCUGUCCAAUUACAGUGUCAACAACAACACUUCCCAGUCUGCUGGCAGUAGCCCCACAUCUGCCCAGACACCAACACCUCAGACCCCAACCCCAACUACUUCCUCUCCUCCCCCCCCUCCCUCUUCCACCUCUCCUCCACCGAACAAUUCUAAGCCAACACAAGACCAAGUUCCUCCUAUUCCCUCCUCGCCUGACCAGAGUCCCUGCUCAACUGCAGAGGGAGAGGAUGUCCCCAGAAUUGACCCCUUCUGUGGAAAACUGCGACGGAGUAUACGCAGAGGUCAAAAAGCAUGUCCGGACUUUGAGAUGAAUGGGGACCUUAAGAUGUCAGUGAUCUGUCUCCUGGAGGAGGUGCUUAGAGAUCCAGACCUUCUGCCUCAGGAGAGGAAAGCUACUGCGAACAUACUAAAUGCGCUUUCUCAAGAUGAUCAGGAAGAUGCCCAACUGAGAAUAGAAGACAUCUUACAGAUGGCGGACUGCCCGAAGGCAGAGUGUUUUGAAUCUCUCUCAGCGAUGGAGCUGGCUGAACAGAUCACUCUGCUGGAUCACAUCGUCUUCAGGAGCAUCCCUUAUGAAGAGUUCCUGGGCCAGGGAUGGAUGAAGGUCGAUAAGACAGAAAGGACACCUUACAUCAUGAAAACGAGUCAGCACUUCAAUGAUAUGAGUAACCUGGUGGCAUCGCAGAUUAUGACCCAUACUGAUGUGGGCUCAAGGGCCAACUCCAUUGAGAAGUGGGUUGCUGUGGCAGACAUAUGUCGCUGUUUGAACAACUACAACGGAGUAUUGGAAAUCACAUCUGCACUCAAUCGAAGUGCUAUCUACCGUUUGAAGAAGACCUGGGCUAAAGUCAGCAAACAGACUAAAGCCCUGAUGGACAAACUGCAGAAGAUUGUGUCCUCAGAAGGACGAUUUAAAAAUCUGAGGGAGACGCUGAAAAAUUGCAACCCUCCUUGUGUGCCAUAUUUGGGAAUGUAUCUAACAGACUUGGCCUUUAUAGAAGAGGGAACACCAAAUUUUACAGAGGAGGGUCUUGUUAACUUCUCCAAAAUGAGGAUGAUAUCUCACAUCAUCAGAGAGAUCCGACAGUUCCAGCAGACGCCGUACAGAAUAGAGCAUCAGCCCAAGGUGACCCAAUACCUUCUGGAUAAGACUCUGAUCAUGGAUGAGGAUACACUUUACGAUCUCUCCCUGAAGAUAGAGCCCAGGCUUCCCGCCUGAGUUAGAGCUGUUUGUGGCCUGUGGGAGCCUGCUGAACCUGGACCCCCAAAAGGGCAAAACGCCCACGUGAUCUCAUCAAUCAAGAGAAAGUUGGAAGAAGAAUUUUCAGAGCAACUUGGAAAUAGAAUGAGAUUUGGUCUAAGGAGACAGAUAUCGAUGCAUGCGGUCAGUUGAACAUGUUUGAGAGCUUUACAAGAGAAAGGGGAAUAUAAGAAUGAGAAAUGCACCUGUAAGGUUGUAAGACAGCUCGUCUUCGAGGGGAAAGAGAGGUUGCAUUGUAUGAAGGUUUUGAGGAAAUUGCAUGUCAUAGUCUGGUGCACAUGGCAUCACACUUCCUGAGGCAGCCUGAGAGUGCAGGACAGGGUGAGAGAGAGGAGUUAAUGGAUGUAACAGAGAUGUAGCAUAUACAGAUAGUGUGACAGAGAGGUGUUUGAGCUUACGUCUCUGUACUAUUGUCUGUGUUCUUUUGCCUGUGCAUUUUCCGUGCCAUGUCCUGUGGAGCAAGACCCCUAAAAUGCUUUCUGUCAUGAAGGUCACUGCAUAAAACUUGCAUGAAUUCAGCUUGGGAUGUAACUGUCUAAAUUGCCUUCAUUCUGACCCCUGAUCCUCUGCUUAGCAUGCACCGCUUUUGCCAGGGUGACUUCUUAAGCCAUUAUGCAUCCUCAGUGGGUUGAAUGCGUCAAAAGCCUUUAAACCUUCACAUAUAAUGCAGAAAGACGAAAACGAAACACAAAAUGUGAUAUAUUUUAAUGAAUUUCGAUUUUUCCCUUGUUAAGCAAUUAAUUCUAUAUUUAUUUGUGAUUGCUUAAUUUGGUUGACUUUUUUUUUUAAAGAACAUAUGAAUGAUUAAAAUUAAAACAUUUAUUCAGUGCCUUCCACUAGUGCAGGUCAAUCUCCCACAUUCCCAAAUUGAAAAUUUGCAAGCACAAAGUUUUAUAUAAAUUCAAAUUUAAAAUAUUAAAAUUUUAUUUAA